UGGAAAGAUACCAACGUCGCGUGGAUGAACAUGCAUCCCCACGCGCCGAUUGCAGCCGCGUACACGUGUCCGUGGACAGUAUACGGAUUAAGCUGGAGCAAUCGAUUGGACGAGAAGCUCUUGGCAGUGACCAGCUUUACGGAGGAGUACGAUAACCAUCUUCAGAUCCUCAAAGUCGUUGAUGCUACGCCAGACAUUCCAGCCACUGGUAACCCAUCGUCCGUUGCCAGCGAUGGUACUGACAUGGAUGUGGACGAGUCAUCAAGCAAGGAAAAGGUCGAGCUUCAAUCUCAGGCCGUCUCGGUGCAUCCUUACCCUGCAACGAAGGUGCUUUGGUGCCCGGACGGCACAUCAGCCAAGCUAGCCACGACAGCCGACUACCUCCGCUUGUGGCACACGCAAGGCGACUCGAUCCAGCUCAGCGCCACAUUGAGCAAGAAUCGUGUCCACAGAAACUCCUCACCGCUCACUUCCGCCGACUGGAGCGUUGCGGACCCCAACAUCCUAGGCGCAUGCUCGCUCGACACGACCAUCUGCAUCUGGGACCUCAACAACACCAAAGUACCCAAGAGGGAAAUCGUGGCCCACGAUGCCGAAGUGUAUGACAUGGCAUUUUCAACUGGCACGAACGUGUUUGCAUCUGUCGGCGGCGACGGCACCCUUCGCGUAUUCGACUUGCGGAAUCUGGAUUCGUGCACAUUAUUGUACGAGACAGCGGACAUGCGGCCCCUUGUCCGUCUCGCGUGGAAUGCCCUCGACACAAACUACAUCGCGACCAUGCUUGCAGACGGCCCCGCGGCGCUUGUGCUGGACCUCCGCCUGCCGUCCAUCCCCGUCAUGGAGCUGCCCGCGUCCCCCACGGACGGCCGCGGCGCCAUCAACGCCUUCGCAUGGUCUCCAUCGUCCGCCCAUCACAUCGUCACUGCAAGCGACCACCACGACGCGUGUCUGUGGGACAUUGCCCAGUCGUCGCAGCAACGGCGUCCUCUUGUAGACUACUCUGGCGAAUCCCGCCACAUCAACCAGCUGCAGUGGUCCUCUCGACACCCACAGUUGCUCGCUGUUGGCGUCGACGAUUCCGUACAAGUCGUCCACGUGUAAAUGUGUCGUAAAGUGAAUUAAAUAGCGCUAUAACGCCUAGUAUCAUCGCCCUACCCUAUGUACUAGGCCCCAUACCUUCCAUCGAUAACUAGGAUUGACGGUAUUUUGCGCUUAGCUGCUGCUCGAUGGCCCCC